ACCUGUUCAUUCUGGUUCCUGCAGCCCAAGUUCAAUUCUGUUUGUAAUUAGAAUUUGAAUUGUAUCCACGAGAGCCUUGCGAAGGUGAUUAAGCGAGUGGAUUUGGUCGCCAAUUCAUCGGAGCAGCUUGAGGUGUUUAGAGGAACUGAUUUACAGACAUUUGGGCAGUUUGCCGAUGGGGUGGAGCAAGGGUUUUAUGGACAAUGAUGGCAACUGUAAGAAGAGAAGAAAAUUCACACAAAGCCCGAAUAGAUCAACUAAUCUGACAGAACGGUAUUAUACCAAUAAAGUAGAGACUGCUAAAUGGGUUGAUGGUAGGAUCGGAUUGCACUGUACACUGAUUGAAGGUAUUUCGCUGGUGAAGUCUGAAGUAGCUUGUGUGAAAUAUGAUAUUAGGAAGCUUUGUUCAAUUUUGCGGUGUUUGGAGCCCAACAUGGAGACUAUGAGAAAGAAAAUCUGCGAAAUUGAACAGUCCUUAUCUGAUAUGAAGGUAGGGGAAAAGGUACUAGAAUCCAAGGAGGACAUAGAUGGCCAUAAUUCGUGGACAGACAUCACUAAGGAGAAAGAACCGAGAAAGUUAUGUCCAUGCACCCCAAUAGCUACAGAUGGCCUUCUGCAGAUGAAAAUUUCUGACAAAGCUCCACACGAGAAGGUUGAUCAUAUGGCAGAUGAGAAGGUGACAGAAUUGGCCGACAAUAAAACUUUGAUGGGGUUCAACGACUCGAAGGUUAAAAACAAAAACGACAGAUUUCCGUCAAUGAGAAAUCUUUCAAAGAAGGACUCAAAGAUAUUGAAAUUCCUAUUUGACAAGGGAGACAACGGAGUAGAUGAUCCCAGGGAAGAAGUAGCCCGAUAUGGAGAUAUUGGUGUGUCUUAUGGUGAAUUGCAAUGUCUUAGACCAACAUUUCCACUUUUGCGCAAGGUCAUAGACAUAUCGGCUGCGUACCUGUAUGAGGAGGACUCAAAGUCAUGGUUCUUCCCCACCUGUUUUGGGGAACAAGCCUACUCAAAUCAUGUUUCAUCGAAUUCACAUGCAUUGGUGGUGUCAACCAUACACCUUUGUGGGCUACAGAGGUUUCAUUGUUGCUUGAAGCGGUGCUCUAAGCUGCAUGUGCAGAUAUUCAUUCCCCUUCACAAUGAAAUCGAGGAUCACUGGUUUAUGUUGGUUAUGAAACUCGAUAGAAAAUCUGCCGAGAUGUGGGACAGCCUACCAGAUAUUGUAUGAUCGGCUCGAAGAUUCGAGAAGGCAAGAGUUGCGAUGUUGCUACUGCAGACAAUUUUUGAAAAUGAAAUGACAAAGUCCGAUGAUGUUUACUACCACUUUCCUUCAUUUCGUGUGAAAAUUGCCCAGAAUAAUCCAACUAAUGACAAUAACUAUGACAGUGGCAUCUACAUCAUAAGACACAUGCAGUGUUAUGGUGAAAAAUGGUUUGAAGGGCGGACUAUCCUUGCGCUUGAGAUUGUCAAUCAUCCAAAGAAUGAACUACUUAAAUCGGUAAGUGCAGCAGCCAUUGGUCUAAAAAGGCGCAAGGAUAGUGGGCAAGGUUUGUCUACAUCUACCAAGCCCCUUUCCUCGACAACUGAUCCUACAAUUGGCUGUGACAAACUUAUGUCAAACAACAAUGGCAUGUCCCCCACUGGAAGAAAGUGUCGGAGCCACCGCAAGAGAAGGUCUGCAUGCGAUGCUUGAAUCACUAGGUACUUCAGUUCCAACCAUUAACUGAAAAUAUUACUCUGUCGGGACUAAUGUUAUGCCAAACAGUAUAAUCUAUGUGCUUAAUGGAUAUGGAGCAGUUGACGCUAAUGUUAUGCCAAACAGAACUGCUGACUAUUAUUCCCCGUUUCUGUUGAUUAUCUGAUUCAAAUUGAAUGAAAUGUUAUAGUUUCAAUUCAUGAUUGUUUGAAUAUCGUUUUCAUUCGAUUCGAAGGUUUAAA